AUGAGCGACACUCGUUUACAGAAUGAUCCUAAUCAAUCUAUAGAGAUGACAACACAUCUCCGACAUCCCUGUACCCAAGAUAAACAACCCAAAAAUUCCACCAAAGAACUCCCAUUAUUCUCAUCACUUUCCUUAUCAAACUCCGAACAAAGGAUCCAUUCUUUUGAAUUAGAAAGUCAAAAUGAACAAUUAAACCAUAUAUCAAGCAUUACAGAUCGUAUCUCAAUGGAUGCAGAAACAUUACAACUACUUUCCCAACCACUCCCAAUGAGAUCAAAUAUCAUGUCAUUUUUCGUCGGUGCAUUCGUCGCAGUAGGUGGUUUCCUUUUCGGCUACGAUACGGGUUUAAUAAAUAGUCUCAUCGACAUGGAAUACGUGAAGACACAUUUGGCGCCCAACCAUGAAUACUUCACCACUAUACAAAUGUCAAUGAUUGUCUCUUUCUUAUCCAUGGGGACUUUCUUUGGUGCAUUGAGCGCACCCUUCAUAGCUGAUUCAUAUGGACGGAAAAAGACAAUUAUAUUUAGUACUGCAUUUAUAUUCUCCAUAGGGAAGAAUUCAUUACAAGUAGCUGCAUCAGAUUGGAAGUUACUUCUAGGAGGUAGAAUUGUAUCAGGAAUUGGUGUUGGUUUGAUAUCUGCAGUAGUACCAUCAUAUCAAGCUGAAUCAGCACAAAAAAAUUUAAGAGGUGCUAUUAUUUCUACUUAUCAAUGGGCAAUUACUAUUGGAUUAUUAGUCUCUAGUGCUGUAUCUCAAGGAACAUUAAACAUGAGGAAUUCUGGAUCGUACAGGAUCCCAAUUGGGUUGCAGUAUGUCUGGUCUUGUUUCUUGGCAAUUGGUAUGUUAUUUUUACCUGAAUCACCUAGAUAUUACGUCAUGAAAGAUGAAUUAGAUAAAGCAGCGAAAUCAUUAUCAUUUUUAAGAGGAAUAACUAUACAAGAUCCAAGAUUAUUGGAAGAAUUAGUGGAGAUUAAAGCGACAUAUGAUUAUGAAGCAUCCUUUGGUCCAUCGACGUUUUGGGAUUGUUUUAAGACAAGUCCAAAUAGACCAAAACAAUCUUUAAGAAUGUUCACAGGGAUAGCAAUUCAAACAUUUCAACAAUUCUCAGGAAUUAAUUUCAUCUUUUACUAUGGUGUUAACUUCUUCAAUAAUACCGGUGUAGCUGAAAGUUAUUUGGUUUCAAUUACAACAUAUGCAGUUAAUGUGGUAUUCAAUAUUCCAGGUAUGUUUCUAGUGGAAAUGGUUGGUAGAAGGAAGAUACUAUUAUUUGGUGGUUUGAUUGUUACAAUAUCAAAUUUUAUAAUUGCAAGUGUUGGUUGUAGUACUGAUUCUAUCAUUGCAAAUAAAGUCAUGAUUGCAUUCAUAUGUGUUUUCAUCGCUGCAUUUUCCGCUUCAUGGGGUGGUGUUGUAUGGGUAAUUUCUGCAGAAUUGUAUCCAUUAGGUGUUCGCUCUAAAUGUACUGCUAUUUGCGCAGCUACGAAUUGGUUAAUAAACUUUAUUUGUGCAUUUAUUACACCGUUUCUUGUUGAUACGGGGUCUCACACUUCAACUAUGGGGGCAAAAAUUUUUUUCAUUUGGGGUGGGUUGAACGCAUUAGGUGUCAUUGUUGUUUAUUUCACAGUUUAUGAAACUGGCGGAUUGACUUUAGAAGAGAUUGAUGAAUUGUAUACAAAAUCGCCAAAUAGUUUCGAAUCUGCCAAAUGGAAUAAGAUUAUAAGGGAACGACCUCUUGGCAAUCCUAUUAAUAGAGUAACUUCACUGAAAAUCAAUAACAAAGUUAUAAACAAAGACGAUGAAAAUAUUACCAAGAAGAUAAACAUAACUUCCAAUGAAGUCGAGAUACCGAACCUCGAUGGAGUAAUUCAAGAUCCUUUAACUCAAGAACAUGAUUUUUCAUUCAUAAACCGAAUUCCUAUCGAACCACUGAGUUCUCACGACAAUUUUGUUGAUCUAGGAAAUGGUUUAGGUUUGAAUACUUAUAAAAGGGGUCCACCUUCAUUUCUUACCGAUUCUAGUGAUGACGAGUCAGGCGAAGGCGGGUCCUUUUCUGUCCAUUAUAGUGGUGACAUUAAAGAUCUCAACAAUGUUAAUACAUAUAUAGCACAAUUGGUGGAUAGUAAUUCGAAUGCAAGUACAAAUACCAAUCAUAGUAUUUCGACCCAUAAAUUUUCACAUAGCAUAGGUACAUUUUCUAGUACCACCCAAGGAACGUCAAAUUAUUCGAACCCAAUCAACUGUAACAGUGAUAAUAAUACUAAUAAUCUUAAUACUAGUAUGAACGAUAUUGAUGGUGGUUUCUCCAGAGCACCACCAAAUGAAACAUUAAGGAGAUACAGUUCUUCUUUGACCAGUAGCGAAAAUGUAAAAUGA